AUGGAUUCCUUGGUUAUUCAGUGCUGCACUGGCCAGAGCAUGCAAGGGGCUGAUUUGGACACGGGCAUCUCUGCCAUUCAUGUUGCCGCUCGUUGGGGAAUUAUUCCGUUAAUCUCGUCCUUCCCUCAGCAUGGACUGGAAGUCAAAGAUGCACAGGGACAAACACCUUUGCUCAUUGCUGCCCAAUACUCCCAGUUUGAAGCCGUAAAACUUCUAGUUGAGUCUGGAGCAUGCGUGAGAGCGGUAAAUAACGACCACCAAAACGUCCUCCAUACUAUUUGCAAGAAUGGUCAUGGAAGUGGCUGCAAAAUUGUCAAUUUCCUGCUUGACGCUGGAGUCCCUCCAUAUGACUGUGAUAAGUACAACAUGACACCAUUCCUUUACGCAGUUGGAAACCUCGAUGAAGAACUUGCACAAGUCUUUCUUCAGAGGAGUCUCGAUCUGACAGUCAAAAUUCGAAGACUAUCAUGGCCUGGACGCACAACUGUGAGCAUGUUCACACACAGGAGGUUCAAGGACGAGAGAGAAAGUGCUGGCGUGAGUCUAGAAUCCGGCCUCACAGCGCUACAUUUCUCUUCCUUGAACGCAUGCACAAAGAUGACCGCCUUUUUACUCCAACACGGGGCCGAUCCAAAUGCUCAAUCUGAUAUUGGCGAUACUCCACUCCAUCUUGCGAUCAGGAGCCGCAUCCUGGGCCGUGAAUACGACGACGUAUGGAAGAGCGGUGAUUACACCAUCGAGGCCUUAAGAGACUUGAUCACGGACUACGAAAAUGAGGAAGCUUCUGAUAUCUAUCGAGCCAUCGAUCAAGCUAGAACACACAUUGUUGACACGCUCCUCGCGAGCGAAACCAUUGACGUCAACAUCGCUAAUGCUAAUGGGGAUUGCCCUCAGCACUUGAUAGACUUUAGCAAGCAUUAUUCGCUGUCGAUUCUAUGCAACCUCAUAGAGAAAGGAGCAGUUAGCUCACGAUUGAACGGGUGUCAUCAGACAUGUCUCCACCUUGCCAGCAAGCAAGGGAACGUGGAGGUGGUCCAAAAACUUGUGGAUGAAGGCCACGAUAUCUUGUUGGAAGACCGCGACGGAUUGAGCCCGUUCCACUACGCAUUGCGCGAUAGUCGCUUAAAUGUCCUGCAUUGUCUGACAACAGCAUGUGACGGCGCGCUUUCGAAGCUCUGGUACUCGAUAGAUCAUCACGGCAGAAAUCCAUUACACCAUCAUGUCUCGUCCAUCUUCUCCAACUUCAACAUGGUUGACUUCCUGAUACGGAUUGGCUGCGACGUCAAUCAGUAUGAUGCGAAGGGAAUCUCAUCCCUUGGCCUGUACGUGGGAUCAUUUCACCUAAGAGUUCAGAGAGACAUAUUCUUUCUACUGAUGAAUAACGGUGCUGAUCUACGGUGGGUUAAUGGAUGUGGAGAAAAUUUGGCCCACCUCCUCAUGCACCAUAAGGGAGCAGACACUGAGAUUCUCGAGCAUCUAUUUAAUGAUGGCCCAGAUCCAGCAGCUCAAGAUUAUAACGGGAGGACCUUCAUGCACCACGGGGCCAUUCAUGGUGCGUUUACCAAGGAGCUUGUAGAGUUCCUUCAACGGAAAGACUUCUUGGAUAUGCAUUCCAAAGAUUCACUUGGCGAGACACCCCUUAACUAUGCGAAAGAAAAGGCGCGUAGAGAAGACUUGGAAGACGUCCUCUUUGAUAUAAAGUGGGACGAUUCCUUCGACGCUCUGUACAGGGGCUUUACAUCUGCCCCAAGGGCGCCAUGCUCAAGUAAGGGCAGCAUUGGAUGA